AUAAGAUACAAUCAGCUAGCUUCCCUAUAUAAGGUGAUGAGAAACUCAUCCAAUAUUUGUACCUGAGUUAACUUCAAUUCUAUUACUGUUUCUUGUUACAAAAAAAAAAAAAAGCAGAUCAUGACAUCAAAAUUUUCCAUUUCUCUUCUUCUUUUCUUCAUUCUCUUCAAUUUAUCUUCUGCAUAUCCGGUGAAGAAGAAUCGGAGCUAUAAACCAUGCAAACACUUGGUCCUAUACUUCCAUGACAUUGUCUACAAUGGCCAUAAUGCAGCCAAUGCCACUUCAGCCAUUGUAGGUGCACCGGAAGGCGCCAACAUGACCAUAUUAGCCAGUCAGUUCCAUUUUGGCAAUGUGGUGGUGUUUGAUGACCCCAUUACUCUUGACAACAAUCUUCAUUCGUCUCCGGUUGGUAGGGCUCAAGGGCUUUACAUUUACGACACGAAGAACACCUUCACCGCGUGGUUAGGGUUUUCUUUUGUACUCAACAGCACAGACUACAAGGGCAGCAUGAACUUCAUGGGGGCUGAUCCAAUCAUGGUGAAGACUAGGGAUAUUUCGGUGGUGGGAGGCACCGGAGACUUCUUCAUGCACCGGGGAAUUGCCAACAUCAUGACCGAUGCCUUUGAAGGUGAGGUGUACUUCCGACUUCGCGUUGAUAUCAAGUUUUAUGAGUGCUGGUGAUCACAAGGAUCAGAAAUAUUAAUUCAGUGUGAGUUUAUUAUGAUCAGAUUCUAUGAGGGAAUUAAAAUGGGCUCAUUUGAUUUCUACUGUUAUCAUAAGACAUUUGAUGUAAUUUAUAAAGCUUGUUUGUGGUGUGUCAAUAAGUUUUUGAAUUAAGUUAA